GACCUACUGCUACUACUUGGUGGAGAGGCGCACGGACGCGCAUCAUAGCGCGACAUUGUCCUGAGGACCAACGUCGACAACUUCAACCGCAACAUGGCGGCACCAACAAGCACCGACGCGUCGCUGACGGGCAAUUCGAAGCCGGCGCCACCUCGGGACUCUGCAGCGCCACCAGUCGCUGCUACCCCGCAGAAGCAGCUCCCUCCAGAGUCAAAGGAAAGCCUGUGGCUGCGCCGAUGGUCAAUCGUCUCCUUUUGGGCCGUCGUGUUGUUCCUGGGCCUGCCAGUAUGGCUCAAGACUACGGCCAUCUACCGGGCGGAGUUGCCGCUGCAGGAAAUGACAGACUGGGCUGAGGGCAAGGUCUGCAAACCAGUCUUUCCUCUACGCAUCGCCGUCGAAGCGCCCAUUCCCUCGUCGGACGCCCAGCACCUCAUCCGCACUACGCAGCAUGCCCUCGACGACCUCAAUGAUUUCUCAGCGCACCAUCUCCGUCUGAUGCUCGCCGAUCCCCCGUCUCAGGCCAAUGCCUCGCAACAAGUCGUCAGUGACGGAGCAAGCAUUCCCAGCGACGACAGGGACGUGGUUCUCGUCGUCCGAUUGAUACCUGUCGAGACUGGCGCAACGCCGCGUUCACACCUGCAGCCCUAUGCGCCUACACUCGACGUAUACUACUCGCCCAACCAGAUUCCCCCACAGUCGUCGACCGGCUCGAGUCUUGCUACGUUCCUCGCCCAGGAGCUACACAACAUCUUUGCCGAGGAACAAGCCCAGCUGGUCCAUGUGCUCUCCGCCUCCUCGGGCGCCCAUGCGGCCAAGAUCAAGGCUCUCUCCCCCGAGACGUCCGCAGAGCUACAGCGCCAAUCCACCCGCGCCCUCAAGUAUGCGCCUACAUACCACCUGACCUUUUCUCUGUUCAGUCCGUCAUACGCCCCCUCGCAAUGGGACAUUGAGGCAGCACUCGAGACGUAUAUGAACCCCCUGCUCGAUGCCUUCUCCGCCAUCAGCAACUUCACCGUCGAUACUCAAGUACAACUAUACGCCGGAUAUACCCCUUCCAUCCGACAGCCCGAAUACGAUGCAGAAACAAAAGCAUGGACACUUCGCAGGGAAGACUUGAGCGGAUUCAUCAAUGCCGCCGAGUGGCCCCUGAGCCCCAGCAUUGGCGAAGGGCCAACAGUCAAUUUCAUACUCUACGUCCCGGAUCGCGCGCAGUCUCCGCUCCUGGUGAAGGAGAAUGGAGGCAACAGCUGGUUAAUUCCGCAAUGGGGAGGUGUGCACAUCUUGAAUCUGCCAAGCGAGUCAGACACCCCGUCAGCGCUCACUGUGGACAUGCUUGCGCCGGCCAUGCAGACCUUUUUGAAUCAGCUCAUCUCGCUGUUCGGUCUGCCUCAAAGCCCAGCUUCGCUACCCUUGCGCAUUUCAACUCUGGAGCGCGUGCGGGCUGCUUCACUCAUCUUCUCUGCGUCCUCGACUCUGGGUGCCUUGGCCCAAGUCUAUCAGAAGCUUCCUUCUAUCCCAGUCCCUGACAACGUGGCUCAAUCUACACAUCAUACCAUUGCGCAUCUGCAGCAAGCUUGCAACGACCUCCGAGAUGGCCGUUUCCCCUGUGCUUUAGAACACGCCCGAGCUGCAGAGGUGGCCGCUGAAAAGGCCUUCUUUGAGCGCUCCAUGGUUGGCCAAGUUUACUUUCCAGACGAGCACAAAGUCGCCGUCUAUCUGCCCCUGCUAGGCCCCAUCACCGUUCCUCUUGUAAUGGCUGCGUUGAAAGAGCUGACGUCGGUACUGAAGCGAACCGGGUCUGACAACGCUGUACGUAAGACCUUGGUACCAGUACCUCGAUUGUACUCCUUAUCAAUGCCUCACAAAGGUCGGCUUGGACUGGGUAUUGGAUUUGAAAAUCGGUUACACGAUGCUAGCACGAUACAUCCGAGCCACAGAUGUUGCAGGGCCAACGAUACGUUCCACGUCCCCGCAGCGGGGUACAGCCAAAGCACUGAGACCAUCAAAAACACACUUGACAGCUUUGUCAAAGAUGGCUCACCUGGUCUCGUCUUCCAUGCAAUUGACAAGUCGGGCAAAACCCUCGUCGAACAUGCGUCUGGCACGCUUGGCGUAGACUCGGCCGAGCCCAUGGAUGCUUCCGCUACCAUUUUCUGGAUUGCCUCGUGCACAAAACUCGUGACAGCCAUUGCGGUGUUGCAGCUUGUUGAGCAAGGAAAGAUAUCUCUAGAUGACGCCGAGUUUGUCAAGAAGAUUGCACCAGAGCUUGCCGAGAAGAAGGUGUACCCUGAUGGAGUCAAUGGCGUGGAGCAAGAGAAGGGCAUUACCGUGCGUAUGCUGCUGAGCCACACAGCAGGGUUCGCAUACGCAUUCCUCGAUCCAAGGAUCCAGAGAGACGGUAUCGAAGGAGCCCAUGGAGACAAGAACGAUGUCUUGAAUGCAAGGCUGGUGAACCAGCCUGGUAGCAUGUGGGAAUAUGGACUUAACAUUGACUGGGCGGGUGUCAUUCUCGAACGCGUAACUGGCCAAACACUGGGCGAGUAUUUCCAAGAGCACAUCUUCACGCCUCUCGACAUCCCCGCCGACGGCGCCACCAUGUUCCCCUCACCCGCGACGCAAAAGCACCUGGCGCACAUGCACCAGCGCGACGCCUCUGGCAGCCUCCGAGAAAACGAGCAUCUCUACAUGGGCCCGCUGUCGUGCCCACCGGAAAAGCAAAACGACUUUCUCCAGUCCGGCGGCGCAGGCCUCUUCUCCAAGCCCAAGGAAUACGUCAAGAUACUCGCGGUCCUAAUCAACAACGGCACGAGCCCCCUGACGCAAAAACAGAUCCUGAAGAAGGAAUCGGUCGAUCUCCUGUGGGAAAACCAGAUCCCUGAUCAACCGGACUUUGCGCGUGCGGGCCUGGCGCCUGCGAACCCGCUGCUCAUGAACGCGGCGGAUGAGAUGUAUCCGCAGCCGGGCAAUCCGCCGCAAGGCUGGGCGUUUGGCGGCUUCCUUACCAUCGAGCCCGGGCAGACGGGGCGCGGCAGCAACACGCUGUGGUGGAUGGGGCUGUGCAACUGCUUCUGGUGGGCGGACCGCGAAAAGGAUGUUGCGGGUAUGCUUGCGGCGCAGGUGCUGCCGAAUGGCGAUGGCAAGGUGAUUCCCGCGUGGUUCAUGGCCGAGAAGGGCGUGUAUGAGGGGUUGGCGGCGUAGUAUCGGGAUUGCGAAAUACGCAUGACGAGAAAUGGAGCUAUCUUCUCUCUGC